GCCUUGGCAACCAAAGGUGAAAAACGAAAAACAAAAUAAAGAGGCCUACUUGCUGGCAGUGCAUCAGCUAAAUUUUCCUGUAGAAUUGUAUGUAUUUCUUCCGAUUUUUUUCGCAUUUAGUUCAAAAACUGCAUAGUAGUGUAUUCAAGCAAUGCAAUUUGGAAUCUAUCAGUCAGAAGUGCAAUGAAACUCUUUCCGGUUUGGGUGAAUAAUCACUUCGAAGAUUGUUCCUUGUGUUCUGUUGUGCAACAAUAAGUUGGGCUGAAAUCUGUUCCGCCGCUUCGUGUGCAAUUUUUUUCGGGAAUAAAUUCGGCUGGUUUUCCGAUGUGAGUGAUUCGAGAGGUAAUUAGCAAAAGUGCAAAACGAAUGGGCAAUCUGAUGUCGAAUACGAGAGCAAAAUACAGACGAGUGACAUGGAGCCGUUUCCUGACGUCCAGCAACGGAAUACAAGUCAACUAAAAAGUAUCACCUUACGUCCCUUAGCCACCAGAAAGCCUUAAACCAAAAAUAACUGCGUUUCAUCUUACAAAAAAAAACCAACCGUUAUACCAUACAUCUUAUACCAUAUCACCUAAAUAGUCGAUUCGUACUAAUCUAGUAAAACUAAUACAGGGCCAUAACAAUUAUAUCUACUCGAACAUAUUGCCAUUAGAAAAUCAACGAAUUUCAAUAACCAGUUUUUGAUAGAAAAAUAUCGAACCGAUAGCAAAAGUAAAAUGGCCACCCGAUUAGCAACCCAACGAAAUUUCAUAACUGUAACUCCGAUCGCCCCGAAUUCCACUGCGUCUGCCCCUUCCACUACCUCUCCGGUUCAGUCAACCACGGCUAGUGAGUCCGUGCAUGAUGAUGCCUCGGAGCCCAUGGCAUCCUCCCCGUCUUCAACGACAACUUCGACGGCGACGGCAACUAUUGCCAUCCCGGACUCAAACGUCGGUUCAAGUACGCUCAAAAACGGUUCCGGCAAGACGGUUGCAGUAGCAACUUCGACUGCUUCAACGGUUAACCAACCGGCCGCCACACCAGUCAUACCGACCAGUUUGAUUGCUAAUAAUCUAAGCUUGGCUAAUCUUCUAGGCACACAGAAUGGGGCGUUGACACUGCAACAGAUCAUCCAACAGCUCAAUUUGCAGAAAAAAAUCGUAAUCCAUCCAAACGGAACCGUCAUCGACAUUGUACCAAUCGAGGAAAAUGAUUCAUCGGAAGACACCAAAAUCGGAGUUCAGUUGACAGCGGUGGAUGGAGAAUCGACGACAGCUGCCAACGGUGGCAGUGCCGGUGGGCAGCAACAUGUGACCGCUCAAGUCGCAGUUGUUCAAGCUCAAAGUCCUACUGAUGGGGGACCUCAGUACAUUACGGUGACCGUAUCUUCGCCAGACAAUGUCCAGAACCACCAUACCUACGUGCAAUACGUCGAUUCCGAUAUGUACACCGCCACCGGUCAAGGGCAGACUCAGAUGACCUAUCCGGUGUAUGCCGUCGGGGAUUACAGUUCAGCUGGUAGUCAGCAGUACUACACAACCGGCGGUGGUGGAAAUUCUGCUGGAGCGAAUGCUGGUAACGGUGGUAACACACCCGGCAACGCGGGAAAUGGUGCCGCCGGAAAUGGCACCUACAGUGGCUCUUCCGGUGCCAACGGUUCACAUGCGUCGGCUGGUGGUACCGGCGGAAAUGGUACUAACACCAGUAACCCGUCCACGGCUGGUACCGGCGGAACCAAUCAACAGUACAUUGUUCCGGUGGACGAAGCCACUCUGCUGGGAACCGGAGCAACCAACGGAACGCAUCAGCGCGAAUCACCACAAACCAUGACGGACGUGGCUUCCUAUCUUCAAUCACACCAGACGUCUCAUCAUUCUAAUUCGACGACACCGACGCCGGACGUGGACUCGGCACCGAAUCUCAGUCACGCCACUCGCGUAUCACCAGCGACGGUCGCUUGGCUCGUGGAGAACUACGAAAACGCCGAAGGAGUCAGUCUGCCCAGAUCUACGCUGUACAAUCACUACAUGCGCCACUGCAACGAGAACAAGCUGGACGCGGUUAACGCUGCUAGUUUUGGAAAGUUGAUUCGAUCGGUGUUCACCGGAUUGCGUACACGUCGAUUGGGUACUCGUGGUAACAGCAAGUAUCACUACUACGGAAUUCGGAUCAAACCUGGUUCCGUGCUGAACAACACGAUGGAUGACGGUAAACCUAUGAAUGCUAGUCACAUGAAUAAUAAUAAUAGUAACAGUCACAAUCAUAACACUAUGGUUGGAGCCGGUAACGGUGGAGGUGGAGGUCAUGCUAUGAAUCACCGCGGAACGAAAAAAGGAAUAAUGAAAAACGAAAUUCCUGAAUCGUGUGCGCAGUAUUUGGGCGACGCAAGUAGUGCCAUUCCGCAGUUUCCGGUUAUUAGUCUUAACCAUCCGUUACCAGAGGAAAUCACUCUUGAAGAUGUCGACACAUUGCGGUCAAUCUACCGAGAGCACUGUGAAGCCUUCCUAGAUGCUAUCCUGAAUCUUGAUUUCAACACAAUCGAGUCUUUGUGGCGCGAAUUUUGGCGAGCGGAAAACAACAACAACGGUGACGAGUGUGAGGAGGAGAAGUACCUUAGCAAGUCCAAGCUUUACGUACUGACACAGUGUGCGGCCAUUCAGGACUUCAUCAAACAGGUUGAUUUCAUGUUUUAUCAGAACAUGGUCGAAGUGUUGAUUCCGGAUGUCUUGCGUCCGAUUCCGACUGGAUUGACGCAGGCUAUUCGUAAUUUUGCUAAAAACCUGGAAAAUUGGCUUUCUUCAGCGAUGAGCGGUUGCCCGGAACAAAUUGUAACCAUUAAACUAUCAGCUGUGGCAGCGUUCGGGCAGACUUUGCGGCGAUACACAUCACUGAACCAUCUGGCCCAGGCUGCCCGAGCUGUUCUCCAGAACAGCACUCAGAUUGCCCAAAUGCUCAAUGAUUUGAACCGUGUUGACUUUCGGAAUGUGCAGGAGCAGGCCUCCUGGAUCUGCCAGUGUGACACAGUCACCGUUCAGCGCCUCGAGAACGACUUCAAGGCGGCUCUGCAGCAGCAGAAUACACUGGAACAGUGGGCUAGCUGGUUGCGGGCGGUGGUAGACGAUGCACUGGAGGAGUACCGCGGAAAGCCUUCUUUCGUCAGUGCUGCACGCCAGUUUUUGCUCAAGUGGAGCUUCUACAGCUCGAUGGUUAUUCGGGACCUGACACUCCGUUCGGCUGGCAGUUUCGGUAGUUUUCACCUGAUUCGGUUGCUGUACGAUGAAUACAUGUUCUUCAUUAUCGAGCACAAAGUGGCGGAGGCAACGCAAACUACUCCGAUUGCCGUGAUGGGUGAGAAGGAUCACGCUCGUCAACAGCAGCAUGGCCAUCUGCAACAACAUCAGCAACAAAACUCACAUGCCAAUCAGCAGCAGCAACCGGAGGACAUGAGCAGCAUGCUUUACACGUCCGAUUUCGAGGUGGUCAACGUUAAGCUUGAACCGAGUGCGAAGCGUAUGCGCAGUUAGUCAAUCAUAUCCUGCCAUCCGGAUGUUGGACAGUAUCCGCACCGUCAACAAGAACGACAACUACAACAACAGCAGCAGCAACAACAGCAGCAUCUGUUGUUCCACCAGCAAGCAUCGUCUGGAUCGCAGCGCGUCCAUAACACCUGGUACUUGGCUCCCUCACAGUCGUCGUCACCCACCUCCAACUAUAGCGGAAGUGCUGGUAGCGGAGAUGGGGAAUCGGCUUCGUUUGGCUCAUUCUACUGUGGCCACUGACUAAUUAAUUGUAAUAUAGUUUUUAAUUUAUGUAAGCUAGUCGUGUGCAACAGUUAGCGUAGUUACGCUGAACAAUUUAUUUGUUUGUCUAAUGUUAGGUUUUUUUCUUUUGUUUUCGUGUGUCCUUUCAGUUGAGUUUUAUCUGUUGCUUGCUAUUGUUUCCUUAGUAUUUAUAUUUUCUCUCGAAGCAACAUUCGAGUUAUCUGAUCGAGAAAUAAUUUCGUAUUAGUUGUAAAUAGUUAUAUUAGAAACUAACUCUAAAAAUUCAUUUUUGAGUUGCUUCUAAUGCGCUCAAGAAAGAGGGCGGAAAAAGGAAUUAUUCUUAGUAUUUAAGAAAAGUCUAUUUUCCGUGUUUUCCUGUGCUAAAGCUAUAAAUUUACAAAAGAUUGAACUUUCCGUGGGAUAAAGCUUCUGUACAACAAAAGAACUAAUAUAUGUGUAAGCUACUAUUAGAACGCUAAUAAUCAAAAAUUGUACACCUAACUAAAAAUGAGUUAUUUUCACUCGCAAACUUAUCACUGUGUAGUCGUGUGUGCUGCGAUGAGUAAUAUUGUGAAUGCAACAGUAGACGCACAAACGCAUCGUUCAAACGGAACGAAAACCUGUGACGUGCAAUAUUGAAAUAAAUGUAAAAAAAAUUGUAAUGAAACAUAGAGAAAAAAAACCAAAGUCAUACCGCCAUACGAAUUGGUAACAGCAUGAAGCAGUGUGCUCGCUACAAAUUAUUGGAGACACGAACUACACAAUUGAUCAGUUUUAUUCAUAUUUCUAGCUUUAAGUGAAAUGCAAGUAUUGAAACCAAAAAAAAAUUAUAUACGAAAGAACAGAGUUGCAGUAAAUAUUGACAGAAUAAGCUUGAUAAAUAGAGAAAAAAAAAACGAUAAGAUAAAUGUAUGUGCCUGUGGAGAGAUCAAUUAUAACAAAUUCUCACAAAUAUAGCAAACCACUUGCUAACGGUUAGUUGCAGUGUUGAAAUUCAACGAACAUAAUACCGGACUGGAAAUGCUAGUCGUAGUUUAAUUUAAAACAUUAUGUUCUUUUAGCCUCAGAGUCGAGAAUCAUUCCGCACCAAUAUGCCAUUAUUUGAGCAAGCGAGCAUCCGCUCAUCAUAGAUCGAUAGUCUUAUUUUCGCCAUAAAAGCUUAAGCCAUUUUAGAUUUUACGAAUCACGUCAGAACACAACACCCAUCAAUUAGUUGUUGAAACGCACAGUUGCUCACCACAUAAACAAUUAACAAAGUAAUGGUUAAACAAACAAACAAACAAAAAAAGCGCCCUUUGUUCGAGAAUGGGUCAAACGAUUGGAAUUGUGAUUAAUAGAAAUGUGACAAACAACAAAAAAUACAAAAAUGUGUCUAUUUUUCCCGGCGAUCAUUUGUAUUUUGGCACUGGGAGGAUAAAUAAAUCGCCCCAGCGUCCGAAGCGUUGUCUACAUCCGAAGAUGGAGUUUAUAGGUACUUGUAGUUUUCUAUUAUCUGAAUGUGGCAUCGUGACAGUGAACACUUCCAUCAUCUAGUCGAUGGGGAAAUGUAGAUAAAGUUGUAUGACAAAGAAAAAAUAAAUAAAAAGAAGUCACCAAGCAAACAUGAAAGUCUACAUAACUAGCCGAUAACAGUGCGAAAGUAAAAUAGAGUGAGUUGAAAGUACA